AUGGUGUUCCUGUGUAUAUCGUUUAUUGCCGUCGCUCUGCGGUGUUUCGUCCGGCUGAGACUUGUGAAAGCUUUUGGAUGGGAUGAUGGCCUGAUGGUGUUAGCAAUGCUAUUCAACAUCUGGUUCGCAAUAUGCGGACUGGCUGGCUCAGUUGCCGGAAUUGGGAAAAGAUUCGACCAAUUCGACUCGGUUGAAGAUGCUCAAACGGCUCUUCUGUGGUGGUGGCUUGGUCAGAGCGCCUAUGUUUGGGUCGUGGCAACCGCAAGGAUCUCCAUCGCAAUGCUGCUUCUCCGUCUUACCGUCCAGCGGCGCCAGUCAGCCGUCAUGUAUAUCGUAAUCGGCUUAACAGCCACUGUCGGUCUUGCCUUCUGGCUUAUCCUGACGUUGCAGUGUCAUCCAGUUCGAGAAUUCUGGCAACGAACGGGCAGAGGCCACUGCAUUGACACCCAGUAUGUACUGGGCAUUGCGUACCUUUAUAGCGCGACUGCAUGCCUUUGCGACUUCACACUUGGACUCUUUCCUAUAUAUCUUCUUAAGGACUUGCACAUGAGCCGGAGGACCCAUUGGGCGAUAAGCGUCAUUCUCAGCAUGGGAUGCAUUGCAGGUGCUGCUGUCGCGGCCCGUAUCCCCUAUCUCCCGGACUAUAAAAAUCCAGACUUCCUAUAUGCCACCGCUAGUAUCGCUAUCUCGUCAAACGUCGAGGCCGGGCUCGGCAUCACGGCUGGGAGUCUCAUCACGCUCCGUCCACUCAUGCGCUGGCUCCGAGACGUUAGUCACAGGGUAACGAACACGACGAGAGGUGUAGCACGUAGCAGUAACAGAACCCAGAGUUUAUCCGUUGAACAUAAACACACCUCACCAAACCACGGGCGGCCAGACAUUGAAGCAGCAAUGCUGUCUCCAUCGCAGGCCGAGGAACCUCGGUUUGCGGCUGGGGCGAUAUAG